AUGUGCAGGUAAAGUGUUGAAGAUAUUAACGCCGAAGAAGAAGAAGCAGAAACGUGUGUGUGUUUGUGUGUUUGUGCUGAAAUUUCUUGGAUAUAAUUUUAUUGUGUUGUGUUACAGGCUGGCUUUAUAGUCCACAUGUAAACAGGUGUUUAAGUGUGUUUCUGCUUGGUCCCGAGUUCGUGUGUGUGUGUGUGUGUGUGUGUGUGUGUGUGUGUGUGAGAGAGAGAGAGUGAGAAAUGUUUGCAGAGCUGAACAGCAUUCUCAACACCAGCCCUGAUGACGUCACUCAGAGAGAAUUUAUCCUGCUGUCAGACAGGAACGCAGAUGCCUCAUUCCUCCUCCAUCACUUCCUCAGCUUUUAUCUGAAGGCUGGCUGUAAAGUGUGUUUUGUGGGCCUGGUUCAGUCGUUCAGUCACUACAGCGCUGUGGCUCAAAGGCUGGGAGUAAAUCUGGUGCAGGCGAGAGAGAAAGGUCAGCUGGUGUUUGUAGAAGCUCUGAAGGCCUCGGCUGCGGUGAUGCUCAAUGAGAGCAGCAGUGAUGUAGCGCAGCUGUUUGACUAUCUCAGGUCCCCAGUCCCGGAGCUCAGAGCUCUGUUUGAGUUUGUGUGUGCCUCUCUGAGUCAGGCCGAGGCAGACUCGAGCUCUCCCCCGGUGCUGAUUGUGGAUGAUCUCAGUGUGUUGCUGAGUUUGGGCGUCAGCGUCAGAGCCGUUCUGGACUUCACACACUACUGUCAGGCCGCCAUCUGCUCCCGGCUCCAGGGCUCUGUUGUAACUCUGGUGCGCUGUGACGAUGAGGAUGAGGAGGAAGAUGAUGAUGAUGAUGAUGAGAGCUCGAGCCGUCUCCUGCGGGCUCUGACUCAUCAGUGCACUCUGUCUCUGAGUGUGAAGGGGCUUCAGACCGGUUACUGCAGGGACAUCCACGGCCAGGUGGAGAUUUGGUGGAGAGGAACAGGAGAGAACGUGCAGAGCCAGAGAAAGAUCUUUCAGUACAAAGUUUAUGAUAAAGGUGCGUCCUUCUUUGCACCGGGAACCUCGAGCGCCGUGCUUUAACAGUUCACCAUGAAGACUGAUGAUGAUGAUGAUGAUGAUGGUGAUGAUGGUGAUGAUGGUGAUGAUGGAGGACUCACUGUGUUACUCGGACUCUGAUGGCUCUCAAACAUCUUUAAGGUUUUCAUACAAAUAUAUUUGGCCAACAUUUCCUUACAGUUUUCAAUGAUAUCGUGUUAUUAAACAAAUUUCUACUGUCAUCCGGUGAACAGAAUUAUUGGAGGACAUGUGCGAUGCUCCUUCAGAUUUGGACAAGAUCAUCAGGGGUAUCCAUGUUGGAUUAAUUUCUCGUGCCUGAUUGCGUCAGUCAUUUUUUUAUUCAAGAAAUUAUAAUGAUCUUAAUUUGUUGUGUUGAAGUAUGUAAAAGAGUUUAUAUCUAAUCUGAAAGAAAAACAUAAAAAAAUAACAUUUCCAAUUUAAAAAUUUAAACAAAUUUAAAAAUUAAUAAUUUAGCAAAGCUCUGCAGAAGUAAAUGUUUUAUCAAUAAAAUUAAUUUUAAUUUAGUUUAGACAGAGAUGCAGAAAAGGACUAAGGAAAUUUUAUAGUACAAUAGAAAGUGAAUCUGUUGAAUCCCUUUUGAAUCAAUUAAUCUAUACUGAAUUGAAAGAACUGAAUCAGAUCACUUGGCUCAGCUAAUUAAACAGAGUCAACUCUGAGUUAAAUGACAUGAUUCACUGAAAAUAGCAAAUCGUCGCUAAAGAAAGAUUUGCCUCUUUUCAGUGAAUCAGAUCUCUUGGCUCAGCACAUGAAUCCGAGUCGAUUCUAAGUCAAAUGAUUUGAUUCACUGAAAAGAGGCAAAUGACUCAGAUCAAGUGACUCAGGUUAUCAAACAGAAUCGCCUCUGAGUCAACUUAUAUCGUUUACAGAAAGAACAAACUCGCUAAAGUAACAGUUGCCUCUUUUCAGUGAAUCAAAUCAUUUGGCUCAGCACAUCAAUACGAAUCGACUCUGAAUCAAAUGAUUUGAUUCACUGAAAAGAGGUACCUGAAUCAGAUCACUUGGCUCAGCUCAUCAGAAACAGUCGACUCUGAGUCAAAUUAUAUCAUUUACUGAAAGAGCAAACUCGCUAAAGUAACAGUUGCCUCUUUUCUGUGAAUCAGAUCACUCGGCUCAGCUCAUUAAAAAGAGUCGACUCUGAGUUAAAUGACAAGAUUCACUGAAAAGAGCAAAUCGUCGCUAAAGAAAAAUUUGAUUCUUUUCAGUGAAUCAGAUCUCUUGGCUCAGCACAUGAAUCCGAGUCGACUCUGAGUCAAAUGAUUUGAGUCACUGAAAAGAGGCACUUGAAUCAGAUCACUUGGCUCAGCUCAUCAAAAAAAAAAAGAGUCGACUCUGAGUCGAAUGAUCUGAUUCACUGACAAAAAGCGAUCUGUUUCUUUAGUGACCACAAGAUGGCGGAGUUUGUGUGUGUUUUAUAGAAAGCAGGUUGAAGUUGUGGGUUCAUGUUACACACACACACACACACACACACACACACACACACAGCUAACUUGAAUCUGUCAAAAUAGUGCAUAUAUUCGACUGUGUGCUUUAAUAUCCUGUUUUAUUAAAAAACAAAAAAAACACAAAGCUGCAGCACAGAUCGUCCAGAUUGUGAAAUAAAUCGCUUCUAUAGGAAGAAGAGAAGCUUUUCAGGUGAGUUUGACUUUCCUGCAGUUUAAAAGAUCAGAAUUUGGUGACAUUUUUGUUGCCUAAUCGCUCGUGCACUUUAAGAAAGCAUGAGUGCUACUGUAGCUAACACUGGCUAAUGCUAACCAUCUUAGCCGCGAGGAAGCGGUUUAAGUCCAGUUUCUCAAAAAAAUACUUCUUAAUUAACAGAUAAAUUGGUGUUUAAAGUGUGUUCUGGGUUCAAAAAUCACAAAAUGAGAUGUUUAAACAACAGAAUACGCCUUUAAACAGAGCGGUUUGUUGCUUAGCUUAUUAGCAGGCUAGUGUUUCUAUGCUAGCUAGCUUAGUAGCUAAUACCAUGGGAACGGAUUACAAAUGAAUGAAUAUUGAAUUUGAUUUUUUGAUAAAAUUCAGCUAUAAUUAUAUUAAAGCUAACAGAGUUUGAACAUUAUAUUUAGUUUUGUGUGCGUGUGUGUGUGUGUGUGUUUAUUUCUGGUGUAGGAUUAGCUCAGAAUGGCUAAAAUGAACAAAUAAAAAUCCAUUUGUUUGAUUUCUUUAUCACCAGAUUUCAUUUAUUCGCUUUUAAAUGCGUGCAUUUCUUUUCUUUCCGCACUGAGGGAGCUGAGAUUGCUUUCUCAUUGCAUCAUCGACUUUAUUUAAGGAAUAAAAUCUGCACAAUCUCUGGGGAAAAAGUCUUCAGGUUACUGUGUUGUUCAUAAACAUGAUUAACUGUUGAACUGUGUGAUCUGUUUACAUCAGUAAUCAUUUUUAACACAAUGGUCAGAGAGCUCUUUGUGUGUUUCACUGCUGUGUUUUGUGUAAGUUAGGAAUAAACCACAGUGUGUGUGU